CUAGUACCCAAAACCCUCUUUUUCGUUACAUCUUCAUCUCGACGUAUCUGGUACUUGUUUUCUUUUUUACAAACAGUUUGGCUAAUGGUGUAUCGCUCACGCAGUCAACUGUCAUACUGUAUCACUUAUCACGUUUCAGAUUGUGCUCCAAUCCCUUACAAUAUUCUUUGAGAACAGGCCCUUUCAAUAUUCCCCCCGUUUGGGGCUCCCGCUCUCCUCUCUCCUCCUGUUCGCAAGUUCCAAACUGUCGACGGCUUCAAUAUCGACAUGUCGUCAACAGACUCAGACGCUUCGGCGUCCGCGACCGAUUCCGCCACAGGAACAGCAGCUUCGGUCACCAGCUCUAUCGUGAGCUCCCUCCUGUCCUCAGCGAUCUCCGCCUCCGAAACACUAAGUGCAUCUGGCACCUCGUCCGAUCAGCCAACAAGAACGUCUUCAGGAGGACUGGCAGGAGUGUCUCCAGAGUCGACCAGCGCUGCGGACAAGGACAAGGGAAUUGGCAUCGUCAGUUUCCUCACUGCCGUGGCUGUCGCUGUGGCAAUUUUUGCAGUCCAGAUUCUGCUUUUCCUAAUUCUUCGCAAUAAGCUGGCUCGCAUCUUCAAACCCAAGACCUACUUGGUACCCGAACGAGAACGAACCGAAUCACCGCCUAAUAAGCCCCUUGCUAUGCUAAAGACAUUAUGGCAUUAUGGAGAUCGUGAAGUUAUCGAAAAAUGUGGUCUAGACGCCUAUUUCUUCCUUCGCUACCUCAAGACGCUUCUGAUCAUUUUUCUUCCAAUUGGCGCCAUUGUUAUGCCGAUUCUGAUCCCAAUGAACUACGUUGGUGGUCUCGGACAAAAGGUUGAUGUCAAGGAUGAUGACGAUGAAAAGAAUGAAGGCACACCCACUGGUCUCGACACACUCUCAUGGGGAAACGUUAGCCCCAAGAACUCGAGCCGAUACGCAGCGCAUUUAUUGAUGGCCAUCCUGGUGGUUAUUUGGGUUUGCACGGUCUUCUUCUUCGAGCUCCGGGUAUACAUCAAGGUUCGACAAGAUUACCUUACAAGCGCUGAGCACCGACUCAGAGCUUCGGCUACUACCGUUCUCGUCAACUCUAUUCCUGCCAAGUGGCUUAGCGAAGACGCUUUGAUGGGUCUCUUCGAUGUUUUCCCUGGAGGCAUAAGAAAUAUCUGGCUCAACCGAGAUUUAUCAACACUAUUGGACAAGGUCAAGGAGCGAAAUAAGAUUCACCUGGCACUUGAACAAGCAGAGACAGAUCUGAUCAAGGAUGCCAAGAAAGCACAGCUUAAGCAGCAAAAGGCAGAAGAGAAGAAACGUCGCAAACAGUUGAAGCUUGGUGCUGAAACAAAACAAGAAAGAGCAGACCGGAAUGCUAGAGACGACGCGGCAGCCCAGCGAAUGGCCCAAAGCGCUUCAGGUACGGCGGCUGGUGAUCAACAUAAUGUUCCCCACAGCGUGGAUGCCGGUGUUCGUGAGUCUCAAUAUGAGACGUACAACCAUGACCUUGAGGUUGACCAUGAGGAUCACAACAAAAAGAAGGGGUUCAAGGUACCUCUUCUAGGUGAUCCGCUCGCUAAAGUCGGCCAUGGAAUUAUGGGUGUUGUUUCUAAGGCUGGCAACAAUGUUGACGACACCUUGGAGACAACAAAUGGCUUCAUGGGCCUCUCCCAAUCAACCGAACCUCGAACUACGUCUCGAAACUCUGAUCGAGUUCGUGAGCGGUCUUCAGUGGACGAGGAUGAGCUCAACUCUCCUUCAGAUACUCUCCGGGUUCUGAACAACCAGUCACGAAACGGCAGGGCCUCUGCCGAUAGCACAGCUGCCAUCAACCCCCAACCAAACCGUGAACAUUUUGGCAAUGCUGGUAAUACUGUCCGAAAGCUGGAGAACAUUGACGAAAUUUACAGCAAAGAGGAAGCUACGUGGUGGCAAUUCUGGAAGCCACCUCCUGGUGCUUAUGCUUCACCUGUUCCCCAAGGAGGUGUUUCGGCAGCAUUCAGGCAGAAGAAGACGAACGAAAGCAAGCCUUUGUGGCAAAAGAUAAAGUAUGCUCUCCCAUUUAUGAGCCCGGAGGAUGAAGGAGAGCCCAUGGAAUAUCCUACAGCCUACAACACCGAGUACAAGGAGGAUGCCGAGCCAGCGGAAUGGGAAAAAUAUCUUAAGAAGAAGGAUCGCCCAACGCACCGUCUUCCUCUGUUCGGACAGUCCUGGCUCUUCGGAGUUCCUUUCGUCACUAAGAAGGUUGACACAAUCUACUGGUGUCGUGAAGAACUGGCCCGCCUCAACCUAGAAAUUGAAAUGGACCAACAACAUCCCGAACGAUUCCCGCUCGCGAACUCCGCCUUUAUCCAGUUCAACCAUCAAGUGGCAGCUCAUAUGGCUUGCCAGAGUGUCAUUCACCAUGUGCCUAGACAAAUGGCCCCAAGAAUGAACGAAAUCUCACCAAAGGAUGUCGACUGGGAUAAUAUGGCUUUCAGCUGGUGGCAAGAGUGGCUACGAUCCGGAUUUGUCUUUGUUAUCGUUGUUGCCAUGAUCUUUCUCUGGGCUAUCCCCGUUGCUUGGACAGCCGCGCUGAGCCAGCUUGACAACCUCAUUCGAUCCAAUCAGUGGCUGUCUUUCCUCAAAGACAAUGACACAGUUCACAACAUCGCAAAGGCCGUGGCUGGUGUCUUGCCGGCAGUCGUCCUCGGUCUGCUGCUGGUCCUGAUUCCUAUCAUUCUGGAUUUCCUCGCUCGCUUCAAAGGUGCGAAGACAGGUUCCCAGAGAGCCGAGUUCGUCCAGGUCUUCUACUUCGCCUUCCUGUUCAUUCAAGUUUUCCUGAUUGUCUCUAUUGCGUCCUUUUUCGCGGCAUCGCUCGAUGAGCUGGUACACAACGUUCAAGAACUCCAGACCGUUCGGGACGUUCUGGAUCUGUUGGCAUACAAUUUGCCCAGUGCUGCCAAUUACUUCUUCUCUUACAUGAUUCUGCAAGCGAUGUCUACAAGCUCUGCAACUCUCCUCCAGCUCGGAGCUCUGGUCAUGUGGUAUGUUAUUGCCAAGAUCCUUGACAGCACUGCGCGAAACAAGUGGUCGCGGAACACCAAUCUGCGCCAGGUGAAAUGGGGCGCAUUCUUCCCAAUCUACACCAACUUCGCCUGUAUCGGAAUUGUCUACUGUGUCAUCGCACCACUGAUUUCUAUCUUCGCCAUUCUUACCUUUGCGCUCUUGUGGUUUGCCCAACGCUAUGCUAUGCUCUACGUCACCCGCUUCGAGCAUGAUACAGGCGGUGUCCUGUACCCUCGAGCCAUCAACCAGACCUUUACUGGUAUCUACUUCAUGGAACUUUGCAUGGCUGGUUUGUUCUUCCUCGUUCAGGAUGAAAAGGGCAAGAACGUCUGCACACCUCACGGCAUUAUCAUGAUCAUCGUUCUUAUCCUUACCGUCGUGUAUCAAGUCCUCCUCAACUACUCGUUCGGGCCACUCUUCCGCUACCUCCCGAUCACUUUCGAAGAUGAGGCGGUGUUGCGUGAUCAGGCAUUCCAGCGAGCCCAGGACCGCCGUCUCGGUCUUUUGGACAAUGAUGAGCUGGCAGAGGAACGUGAUAGCUCCGAUUAUCAAGAGAAGGAUCAACAACCCCAGAAUGGUCAAGGCAUUGAGAUGCGAAAGUUUGGUACCAUUCGACGCCCUGUGAAGCAGGUCGGAACAUGGGCAAAGGAUGGCGGGAACCAGCUUCGCAAGUUGGCCGGUGUCAAUAAGGAUAAGGACAAGAGUAAAAGAGCCUCAGAAUAUCGAAGAAAGCACCGCCAAAAGGAUAUCGAAGCUCAGCUUGCCAUUGGUGAAGCUCUAUUCGGCGGUAUUCAUGAUGAAAUCGAGGACCUUACACCCGAAGAGAGAGAUGCGCUCGUUAGGCACGCGUUCCAGCACGAAGCUCUUCGGGCACGUCGACCUACUGUCUGGAUUCCACACGACGAUCUUGGCAUUAGCGACGACGAGAUCCGUCGAACACAGGCGUACAGUGAACAUAUCUGGAUCAGCAACGAGGGUACAGCUCUCGACAGCAAGGUUCGUGUCGUUUACGGCAGAGCUCCACCAGACUUUUCAGAGGUGGACUUGAUCAACUUGUAAAGCAAGACAAGAGCAGGAGGAGGCACGAUGAUGAUACGACAGUUUGUUUUCUUUUUCUUCGUUUUUACUCUUUUUCGCAUUUUCACUGCGCGGCGUCUUGGUGGGAAGAUUGGUGUCUAUCAUCUGCACGCGCACCUUGCAGGCAAGAUGCACUUUCAUAAGAAUAAAGAGUUGGAGGAGAUUUGAUGAAUACCCUGGCUGAAGGGCAUUGUGGUCGCUCCAAUAUGAAACAAACGAGGGAGCUAGGAUAAAUUCCCUUUUCAUUCUUAGCCUUAGACUUGAAGAACGAUUAGCUACAAUACCAUCAACUAUACUAUCAUUACAACUUGCGGCAUCCAAAAGAUAGUGUUUGAGCUGAG